UGCAAGCCCAGAGCCCCACCCCACAGUUGUACCCAGCGGAAGGGAUGGAGGGCUGCAUGGCAUCACUGCGCUGUGCCGGGGCUGGCAGUGAUGGGGAUGCCUGCACACGGGGAUAUGGCUGCAGCGUGGGGCUGAGCUUCAGCCAUGCAGAGAUGGUGAUGCUGUGGGCAUUGGGUGGGUGAGAAAAGUAGGUACUCAGACAGAAUCACAGAAUUGCCAGGGUUGGAAGGGACCUCAAGGAUCAUGAAUCUCCAACCCCCCUGCCACAUACAGGGCCACCAACCUUCCCACCUAAUGCUAGACCAGGCUGCCCAGGGCCCCACUGCUGCAUUCACUAAUUCUAUGCGGGGGUGCCCUAGCUUCAGGGAGAGGGGAAGCGAGGGGCUCAGGGAGGGCAUGGGGACCAUCACACUGAGGUUUUGCUCCUCGUGGCUUGCAGUAAGCAGACCCCACGUGCCAAGAGCUGCGUGGGGCAGCUGCCAACAAGGCUGCGUUAGGGUGAUUAGCACCACGGCACUGUUAAUUACAGACAAGCUGCAGCCACCAUCUGCUGCAGGAGAGAUGGGAUGGGGGCUUCACCACCCACGCCAGCCUGGUUCCUCCCUGCUCUUUUUGCACGAUUUGCUCCGGGCAGUUUACAACAACAGCACGUGGGCACCCCCUGCAGCAAGCAGCACCAGGCACAAGGACAUCCCCACCACCCUCUGCACAAACCUCUCCAAGGCAUCCCCUGAGCUCCUGGCACUGACGAAGAACCUGGUCACCUCGAGGGGCCACCACCUGGUUUGGGGCUAUCAGCUAUGGGCUGGUGGCGUUCCCAUCUCUCAGCCCAUCCCAAGCACAGCUGCAUGGCAUGGGGCAGUGACUGGGGAUUUCACCACCUGGAGACCCUCUCCCACCAGUCCUGCUUUCAGCUGUUACUUAACCAUUCCUGUGGCCAUGGGUCUGGCGGCGGGCAGGAUUAGUGCUGACCACAGAGCCUAAUCCAGCUCAGGGCAGGAAGGCACAACGCUGCCAGGGGCUUUGGGAAAUCAUUGCUGUCUGUCAGCCCGCCCUGCAGCAGUGCGUGAGUGGAGCAGCACAGUGUGGGGACCUGCAGGUGAGGCUUCAUGCCAUUUAUCCAGCAGGAGCAGGGCAAAGCCCAGCAAUCCAAACACAGGGACAGGUGGGCUGCAGACCCUGGUGUCCCAUUGCCUGUGCUGCAGCCGCACCGACGCGAGCAGGAACCCAGGUAAGGCUGCAGCCAGACCUCCACCACUGGGAAGGUCACAGUUCACGUGGCCCCUGCCCUUGGCAGAAAUAGUGCCUGCUAAUCUGCAGCGUAAGCAGCUCUGUGUGUGCAAUUAAAGAGAUCACAAGUCCUGGACCCGGUCAGCACGUGCUGGCAGCCGCAGCCCCGCACUGCCGUGUGCUCAGUGGGGUGGUUGUGGGGUGUUCCAUCCCCACCACCUGUGUGUGUGUCCCCACACUGCGGGACAGCAGCCCCCAAUAUGGACCCACUUGGUACUUUCACAGUUUUCUUAUUUGCAGAUGUGCACCCUGAAUUAACAACACGUUAACCAGGAAAGGUGAGGCCAGCCUGCAGCGUUAUGAAAUGACCACAGGACGGAGCCUGGUGAUGGAGCAGCCCUCAUGAGCGUGUUCACACCAUCAUCUUGUGAACCACUGUCCCUGGGCCUUCUCUCUUUGGUUUCUAUUCUCCCUCCACCAUCUGUCUGUGUGCUGAGGGCAGGAUGGGGGUCAGGGAUGCACACACCGCUCACUGCCCAGGGAUUGAUUCUGGGUCCUGAGGGGCUCAAGGUCCUUCCCAAGGUGGCACAGCUGUCCCAAUACCUAUAGCAGGAUUUAGGAGGUGCCUGGCCUCAUCAUGGCAGCCCCACAGGGUGCACAAGGAAGGAACCCAACCAGGAAGCCCCUUCCUUCCCUUCUGCUGUCCCCAUCCACCACCAUGUGAGGACCUGCACCCUGCCUGCCAGGCGCUUCCACCCCAAUUACCAUCACUUCACCCCUAAGCUUUACCAAUCUCCAUAAUCUGCUUUCCCAGGGCUCCAGCCACCACCCCAUUUAUAGCCCACUCUUACUCACAAAGUAUCUCCCUGGUUAAGAAACUAAUAGGAUUCCAGCCCCAAAAUACCUCUCCCAUAGUGCACGCACACACAUGGCACACCCCCAGCCAAAGCCUGGUGGGCGAGAUUCGGGGAGGGAGCGGGUGGCUAUAAGAGGGCACAGAGCUGGGAGCAGCCGUGCUGAGCAGGUGGCAGCAGGACAAGCAGGAGAGGAAGAGAAGAACGUGCAUCCGACCCCAGGUGAGUGCUGCUGUGCUGAACGGGCAAGGAUGUCCAUGGCAGAGUGGUGGCUGGAAGGAGGGCAGCCUGCAGCUGGGUGGGUUUCAUUACGGGUGUAGGCAUCCUUAGUGCAGGAGGGCUUGGCCAAGCCAGGAAUCCCAGAGCCCAUUCUUGGAGCUCUGGCACCCAAAGGAAGACGUCGGCUCUUCUCUUUCUCCUUUCAUCCUCCUUUUCCCCAUCACACAAAUCCUGCUCUCUCAGCGCCUCAACCUGCUGCUCCCAAGGAAUCCUGUGGAUUAGGAUGUCCAAGACCCACAGCCCACCUGAGGCCAUUCCAGAGCCCAUGUUUGGGACUGACCCUUUGUUUUCCCAUGGGGAAGAGCAUCAUCAUCUUCCCUCCACUUCCUCCCUAUCGCUUUUUCCCUUCUCUCCACCAUCACUGGUUACAUAAAGGGGUGAUUCUGCCCACGCGCCCCUGGGGCUUAAAAUCUUGCCUGGCCUUAAGCCCGGCUAAUGUCAGAGCUGCCUAAGUUUAAGAAGCAGAGCUCAUCCCUUCUGAUCUCCCCACAAAUCAGCCAACAAUCAGCAAGAUAUUUUAAUGGUUUAAUUCUGGACGCUGGUGUUGAUCAAGCAAAAAGCAACAGCCCCCCCUCGGUCCUGUUCCACUGCGGCUCUGGGGCUGUCGGUGAGUGUGGGAUGGGGCUCUGAAUGGCACUGGGGUCCCCCGCCCGUGGUUUCCUCACUCCCCUGUGAGUGAGGACAAUGAGUAUGCUUCUCCUGGUAGGUGAUGGCAGCAAAUUUCCAGCAGCUGCAGUCUCCAGCAGCUCCACCACUGGGGUGUACCCCCAACCCCAUAAGGUCCUGAGGAAGCAUGGCAGCUUGGGAUGCAAAUAGAGCAUCUGAGCCCUGCUGAGCCUCCAGCCGUGCUGCUCACAGUGCCAACCCCCAGGAGGGCCAUUGCCAGUGGCUCUGCAGAGCAUUGGCACACGAACCAUUGAGUCCCCAUUGCUGGUGAUGGCCAAUGGGUCUCCUGUUCCCACCUCCAGCAUUUCCCCCAUCUCUCCCUGCAGGUUCCUCGCUGUGUAGCACCUGACUUACAAUGGCAGAAGGAUCAAAGGUAUUCAAGAAGACCAGCCCCAACGGGAAGCUGUCCAUCUACCUGGGGAAGAGGGACUUUGUGGACCACGUGGAGUCGGUGGAUGCUGUGGAUGGUGUCUGCCUCAUCGACCCGGAGUACCUAAAGGACAGAAAAGUGUACGUGACACUCACAUGCGCCUUCCGCUACGGCCGAGAUGACCUGGAUGUCAUUGGACUGACCUUCAGGAAGGACCUCUACGUCCUGACCACGCAGAUCUUCCCACCGGUGCCUGAGCAGGUGCCCAAAACCCUCACCUCUCUGCAGGAGAAGCUUCUGAAGAAGCUCGGCGAGAACGCCUACCCCUUCACCUUUGAGGUAAGGGUUGCUUGGUGCUUCCCAACCACGCAUCUCUAUGGGGAUCACCCUUGGGCACACUCUCUGUCUGCUCUCUGUCUCUGUUCUGCCCAGAUUGCCACCAACUUGCCCUGCUCAGUCACUCUCCAGCCGGGACCGGAUGAUGUGGGAAAGGCCUGCGGCGUGGACUUCGAGGUCAAAGGGUUUUGUGCUGAAAACCUGGAGGAGAAGAUUCACAAGCGGAACUCCGUGCGCCUCGUCAUCCGCAAGAUCCAGUUUGCACCUUUGAAGACAGGCCCAGGGCCCAAGUCAGAGACCACCCGGCAGUUCAUGAUGUCUGACAAGCCCCUGCACCUCGAGGCCACCCUGGAAAAGGAGAUCUACUACCAUGGAGAACCCAUCAACGUGACUGUCAAUAUCAACAACACUACCAACAAGAUCGUGAAAAAAAUUAAGAUUGCAGUUGAUCAGAUCACAGAUGUGGUUCUCUACUCUCUGGACAAAUACUCAAAGACUGUGUGCAUGGAGGAGAUCAAUGAGAAUGUGGCAGCCAACUCCACCUUCUCCAAAACAUAUUCUGUCACCCCCACGCUCUCGGCCAACCGGGAGAAGCGAGGCCUGGCUCUUGAUGGCAAACUCAAGCACGAGGACACCAACCUGGCCUCCACCACCAUCCUGAGACCUGGCAUGGACAAGGAGGUGCUGGGGAUCCUGGUGUCCUAUAAAGUGAAGGUCAACCUGGUGGUGUCCCGAGGAGGCAUCCUGGGGGAUCUCACUUCCAGUGAUGUCGGUGUUGAGCUGCCCGUCAUCCUGAUGCACCCGAAGCCUGUGGAUGAUAAACCAAGAAGAUCCACGCCAGAAGCCUUGUGCACGUGUCACAGCAGACAGCACAGCGUCCCCUACAAUAGCACAGCCGACAGGAUGGGGGUUGUGGGCCUAUUGAUGGCAGCCAUGGCUACCAGCUCCCAGAGACUGGUUCUGUGUUUGGUAACACCCUGCACUGGGGCACAAAUAUGGGGGUUUGUGGCCUGGAAGCUCAGUCUGCAGCUGUGGGGCUCUCGUGCUGCAGACCAGCACCGCCUCAGCUCAGCAAGGACACGGAGGCUAACAGAGAAGAAAAGCUCCCGGUUUGCCCCCACGUCACACCCCGCAGAUUUCACCGGGUCAUUUCAUAUUCACACGCUCUUGGAUUUGCUUUUGCUGACUCUUCGUUUCCAUCUUUUCCUUUUGUGGCUCUCCCUGGCUGCCUUUUGCAAGGAGGUAACGAAUCCCUUUGUCACCACUUCAGCUCCCUUCCCUUCCUUUUUCCCCUUGACACUGCAAAACGCUGCCUUGAAUGAAACCCCCCGAAGCUGCCGGCCCUCCCCCGGCUCCUGAGCCGCCCCACCUGGGGCCGCACGGCCGCAGGGUGUCUGCGGGGGGAGCCGGGUUGGGGGUGGGAUUCAAUCGCUGCAACCGCACCGCGCUCCUUGCAGCGAGGAGGACAUCGUCAUCGAGGAGUUCGCCCGCCAGAAGCUCAAGGGAGAAAAAGACGAUGAAGACGAGAAGGAGGAAGGCGAGAAGGAGGAGAGCUGAGCUGCCCGCAGACGGAGGCGCGGGGGGCUGUACCCCAUAGCACCCGCAGCCCUGCCCGCGCUCAGCCCCGCGUGCCCCGUAGCUGCCCUGCCGUGCCCUGCCGUGCCCUGCCGUGCCCUCCUGCCCCGGCGCUGCUAUCGGGCUGUCCGUUCUCGUCCGUCACCGGUCUGAAUUACGCGAUGUUUUCGGUGCGUUUAUAAAUAAACCGACACGAAACGAGAAACGGAGCCGCUUUGUAGGACCGCUACAACGGGGGUGGG